UCUGUGAACAAAAACAAAACAUAAACAACAUCUUUAAAAGUUCAGUGUUAAGAUGACAUAAAGGUAAAUACAUUUAGACCAUAAAGAUGUACUCAUUUCCACAUGCCCUGUGUGUAGAUGGCUUUAAAGGGUGCUAUUGGUUUCUCUAUGCUUCUGCUGCAACCUCCACAUUAUGAUUUUAUUAAGAAAAGUAACUGCUGCUUCUACAAAAACUAAAUUUAUAAUCCAUAACAUUUUGGCAUCACCACUCGACACUUUUUAAUGUAGCUGAUGCAGUAUCAGCUACAGUAUCAGUAUGAUGCAGUUUUACUUUCUCUCAGAAGCAGCCUGGGUGCCGUCCUUUCAGAAAAGCUGGGUUGGCCACUUCAUGAAGGAGAUAUUUUCCAUUCACAGGCUAACAUUGAGAAGAUGUCACGUGGUGAACAGCUCACAGAUGAGGACAGAAUGCCUUGGCUGCUUCAGCUGCAUGAAGUCAUUCAGAGAGAAAGAAGCUCAGGCUCCAGUGCUUUUGUGACAUGCUCUGCCCUGAAGAGUCUCUACAGACAGAUCCUGCUGCAUGGCUCCAGAGCUCUCCACCAGCAUUUCCUGCCUCCUGUCCCCACUGAUGUCUUUUUUAUCUUCCUUCACGGUGACUACAGUCUGAUCCAGCAGAGGAUGGUGUCCCGGAGGGGUCAUUACAUGAAAGCAGACCUUCUGCAUUCCCAGUUUAAUGUCUUAGAGUCUCCACUGGAUGAAGAGAAUGUGCUCUCACAUGAUAUCACUAGGGACAUUAAUGAUAUAGCCACGGACGUCCAUAGGCACAUCAUGAGCCUCGGGCUUAUCACUGAAGGUAACACCAGUUUUUCCACUGCAGCAGACUGAAUGAGAAAUUUGCAGAAAUGGAACAUGACUGUUUUUAGGGGAUUUGUUAGUGUAUUCAACACUGGCUCAGAAUAUGAUUAAUCAACAUCUGGAGGAUGGAGGACAGUGGUAAUACCAAAGUAAUCAUGAUGCCACCUAUUGAUUGUGGCUGUCAGCUGACAUUUUCUCCAGUUUGUUUAUUUCGAAGUAUUAGCUAAGUGCAUGAGAAUUUAUCAAAAUAAUAAUGUGAAGCAAAUCAGCAGGUGUUGAAGAGGAACUUAUUUCUGAUUUUUCUGAUUCUUUGAAUUAUUUUCAGGAUAUUUGUGAUUUGGUAUUAUGGAGGAAACUGCAAGUGAUUUUUUUUUCUAAUUCAAACCUGUAGCACUGCCAGUUGAGACAUACCUUUUUAACAUAAAGACAAAUAAAUGGACUAAAGUGGGGGUUUUUCAAAGCAUA